AUUAAGAAGGUAGCUGGGUAUAAACACCAGCCUGGUUGAAGCUUCUGGCCUAAGAAUGAGCUCCUUUUGCUUCUCUUCAAAUCUUUGGACUGAACUUCGUUCAAAAGAAGGAUCGAUAAUAAAAUUAGGAUGAUAGUGUUUCUAUCGAAUAUUUGUAUCUUUCUCCUUGUUCCAAUCGUCCUCCCCCAACGAAGAGAUCAAGGAGCUCAUUUAAAGCAAAAUGAACUGUCACGUGUCUUCUCUUCAUUGGCCAAUUGUGAGGCAAAUUGUGAGAACUCCACACAGUUGGUCGGUUCUGCCUGGUCAGGAUAGGGUUGGCACACAAUUCAGUGCUGGUUGGGCCGAUGGAUAAGGUUGGGCCGACUCAGGUUUGCAGACUUGUGGGCUUGUCUGGAAUCACCUGGGUUCAAAACGGGCCGAAUUGGGCUGGAUGUUUGUUGGGCCGAGCUCUGGGCUUGAACUGGUUUCAAUUUGGUUCUUUUGCAGGUCUGUGGCUGGUUCGUCUCUAAUGUCCUAUCCAAAUCCAAACGCAAACCUUGAGUAGUCUUUUACCCGGUAGACCAACAAACCAUAAGAUUAAAGUUACCAUUGCUUUCAUCCAAUUGAGUCAAUCUCAAAACUAGACAUGGGUAGCUUUGGUCAUUGAAGCUUUAGAUUUGCCACUGCAAAUCUUAAAUAAUUUAUCUAGAAUUGUAUAGGAAUGAUCAUGGUAAUCAUUAGCGUCACUAGCAAUCCUGAUCAAUUUGAUAUUAGGACUAAAUAAGACUGAAGCUUGGAGUCAAUGGUACUUAUUGACUAGCCACUGCUAAUCUCAACCAAAAUAUUUCAACUUUCUUUCUAAAAAUUAUUUGAUGCACAAUUAGUUUUUUUUUAUUAAUAUAAUUAGCAUGAUUGCUCCGUGGUGUCUACAUGAGGAAUCAAAAAAUUUGGCAACUUUACCUAUUAAUGUACUAAUAUGAUCCUUACUCAGCCAUGAACAUGUUAUUAGGAAAGUUGGGCAAGAAGAUGAAAAACGUAAAAAGAACUUAGCUUUUAAAUCUAAAGCUGUUAGUUAUGAUUCUGAUAGUGAAAAUGAUUUUGACAAGGAGUUUGCUUUGGUUAGAAAAAAAUUUCAUCGGCUGUUAAAGUAUAAAAAUGAAUAGAAGCAAUACUCUGAUGAUUUGAAACCUUUCUUUUAUUAUCGUAACAAACAUGGUUAUCAAGAUAGGUUGGGUUGCUGCAACAGCAAACCAGAUUUCCUGAGACAGAUCAGCAGGAAAGAGAACCCCAGACAUGCUACAAAUGUGGAAAAUUUGUACAUAUUAGGGCACACUGUCCAUAGACAUUGAAAGCUAAAGAAAAGGCGAUGAAAGCAUCAUGGAGUGACUACGAUUCAGAACCAGAAGCAUCUAAAUCUGACGAAGAAGCCUACAUGGCUACAGAAAUCACUAAGUCACAAGAAAAGUUUGCCCUUCAUUCACAACAGCCUGAUCUAGAUGAUAGAAAAUGGUACACAGAUAGUGGGUGCUCCCAUCACAUAUCUGGUAAGAAAUCCCUUUUCACUUCAUUAAAACCAAUGAACGGUGGUAAAGUUUUAUUUGUGGAUAAUGUUCAUGGAAAGAUCAUUGGACGUGUCACUAUAGGUCAACAACCCUUAUCGUCUUUUCGAAUGUUUUACUGGUUGAUGGGUUGAAGCAUAAUAUGUUGUCUAUUAGUCAACACUGUAGCAAUGGUAAUCAAGUUGCCUUUAAAGCUGAUCAUUGCACUACCGAGAGAAUAAAAGAUGGAAAGAUCCUAUUUGUUGGUAAUAGAAUCAACAACAUAUAUGUUACUCAUCUAAAUGAUUUGAGUGCCUUUAAUUAAACCUGCUUUGUUGCUUCAAGUUAGCGGGAGCUGCUGUGGCACAUGAAAAUGGGUCAUAUCACUUUGUCUAAACUUGUUGUGUUAUCUAAGUCAAACUGUGUGCGUGGAGUUCUUGUUUUGAAAGAAAAAACUGGUUUUUUUUUGUGAAACUUACAUUUUUGGCAAACACAGCAGGAAAACGUUUAAACCUAAACCUGAUAUAGUUACUAAAGGUGUCUUUGAAUUGAUUCACGUGGACUUUUUGGUCCUUGCAAUGUGACCAGUUUAGGUGGAAAGAAUUUUGUGUUUGUGCUAGUAAAUGACUACUCUCGUUAUUCCUGGGUAUAUUUCUUAUCCCAUAAGGAUGAAGCCCUAAGUAAAUUCAAAAUCUUUGUCAACCUCUAUGCUGAUCAAAUUAAGACCAUUAAGAGUGACAAUGGAGGUGAAUUUAUUUCAGACGAGUUUGAGAUUCUUUGCAAUGAAUCUGGGAUAACUCAAGUAUUUUUGGGUUGAAGCAGUUAGCACGGCUUGCUAUGUUCUUAACAGGGUUCUAAUUCGAAAAGGUAUAGGAAAAACUCCAUAUGAGUUAAUGAAAAAUAAAACCCUGAAUUUGUCAUACUUCCAUCCUUUUGGUUGUCCUUAUUUUACUCUCAAUACCAAAGAUCAUUUAGGAAAAUUUGAUGCCAAGUCUGAUAAGGGUAUAUUCCUUAGAUAUUCCAUUAAGGGUCAAGCAUAUCGUGUGUAUAAUAAACAGACCAGGAAGGUCGAGGAAUCUGUCAUAUUGUUUUUAAUGGGGCUAGGAUCAGGUGACUAACAGGGGGGCCUUAGUCACAUGACUAAGUCAAUCUCAGCCCUUCCACCUCAUUAAAAUCCAAUGGUUCAGAUUAAUCCAUUUUAAUAAAGGACAUUGUAGUAAUUAUACAAGUUAUUUAUUUAAUCAUUAAAAUAAAAAUAAAAAUAUGUUGGGCUCACCGUUGGAAUCGCCGUCUUCUCCCUUGGCCCCGUCGGCUGCGUUCCGGCCAAGGCCCUGCUUAAUUCAUUCAUACAUGUUGUGCAUCCAUUUUGCCCAUUCCCCUUGCGUUGCAGAGAGAGAGAGAGAGAUAGAGAGAGAGAGUGAGAGAGAGAGAGGGGGGGAAGCCAGGGCCCUGCUUAAUUCAUUCAUACAUGUUGCACAUCCAUUUUGCCCAUUCCCCUUGCGUUGCAGAGAGAGAGAGAGAGAGAGAGAUUUUGUAUUGUUAGUAUGCUUUAUAUUGUUUGUCGGUUUAUUUUGUAAUGUUUGUAUGCUUUGUUAUUUUGUAAUGUUUGUCGGGUUUUUUUGUAAUUUUUGUACGCUUUGUUAUUUUGUAAUGUUUGUCGGUUUUUUUUUGUAAUGUUUGUAAAUUUUUUUAUUUUUGUGUAUCGUGUUUAUCAUUUUUGUCAACCAUGUUUGUAAUGUUUUUUAUGUCUAAAAAACACCCGGGUUGACUUUGGGAAGGAGUCCCUCUAUAUAGGGAUGGAGCCUCCAAAGUCAACCCGGGUGUUUUUUCAGUUCGUAUGGAUUGUCGGUAUAGUUUGUCAUUUUUGUCCACCAUGUUCGUACUGUUUGUAUGUCUAAAAAACACCCGGGUUGACU